AUGCCCUACCGCCACUACACUGGCGUAGGCUGUAGUAAAACGCCAGUGUCAGCCCUCACCAUUGUGAACUGUGUGUUAUCUGAUUAUAUUAUUAAAAGUGUUGGUGGUGACAAUGAUGAGGACAAUAUAGAUCUUGUGAUAGUAAAAAAAACCGCAACAGAGCUUACUGAGAACACAGCUUCCACUGGUGGCAUGUUGAGCAUACAACCACAUUUUUAAGGUGGCAGUGAUAAUCAUCAGCCACCAUCCCAAAUGUCAACCAGAGUUGGAGGUUUACCAGAGCUAGGUGACCAACCGGUUUCACAAAUGGACCAUCCAGCAAAUUUAAGAAGAAAUAACCCCGACUCAGUGGGUGUGGAGUUUGUCCCAUCGAACAAAAGAAGACGAUCAUCUGUUUCAGUGAUGGAUGAUAUGGUGAGAAAUACAUCUGGGAUUUUUGAUAAAGAAAAACAUCGAAACCAGCUUUUGGAACUGAAAGGCUAUUGUGAGGGUUUGCAAAGCCUUAUUCAAAACACCAAUAAGCAUGUUGCUCAGCUUUGUCGAGUCAUUUCAAAAAUGCAAAGUAUUGAGGAGGAAGAAUCCUUGCAAGACCAGGCAAUACCUACAGCAGAAGAAAGAAGUCUGGCCAACACCCCUGAGAUGAUGGAAACUCACAGCAUGGACCCAGACACUGCCUCAUCAUCUGUCCAUAUCCAUCCCAAUUUGGAAAUGGUCAAAGCAGAAACCAACCCGAGAGAGAACAUUCAGGUGAUGAGUAAUGCACCACUAUUGGGAAAUAACAAUGGUCAAGAUAGUCCACGUGUCGUCAUGCAUUGUAAUGUUGACUCCCACACAGAAGCGAGGUCUGAGACAGUGACUUGCCCAACUUCGACAGUGGAAAGUGGCAGUGCACAAGCCACUGAUACAACAUCUUUCAUCGUCACUCCUAGUUAUGGAUAUCUUGGUAAUCCAGAAAGAAAUGUCACAAUUCUUAAGAUGCAUUUGAUGAAUGCACAAAGGAAGCCUGAACCUAAGCAUGCAGCCCGCUACCUGGCUCGUGUUUUGUUCUCCAAGGAAGUCCUGGUUUGCAGCUCAGUAGGUACAAGUCCGUGCCUACCAAAUCUUAGAAACCGCCCACCCUUAGACCCAAACAAGUUGGCAGCCAUAAGAGAGUUCCUGGCAACAGUUUUUCCCAAACGUGAUUUGGAUGAAAAUGGAAAAGAGUGGAGAACCUGUCUUAACUAUAUCAGUGCUCUGAUCCGCUAUUUAGGAUCUACAGUCAGAGGGACACCAGAAAUUGUUGUCACAACCAACCCCAAUAUACAAGCAUCUGCAAAUUUGAACAAUAAUAGGGAUGGUGAUGGUGGUGAAGGUAGUUCCCAGUUAUCGCAGCAAGCAGCUGUCUCACAAGCAAGAGCAAGGGGAGAUUAUCAGCCAAACAGCAGUGCUGUCCCCGGAGGAGUUGAAAAACCUUCCACUAGUGAUUUACCCAUACCUUUUGGAGCAAUGGAUUACAUUGGAAAUCCAAGUAGAAAUAUAAAGUUAUCACAUUCAGUACUGUUGGUAGCAAAAAGGAAGGCUUCCCCAGAGAUGUCAGCUAGAUACCUUGUAGACUACCUGUUUCCAGAGGAGAUCCUAUUAAAAACUGAUAUCUGUCCCAAUCCGUGGCAUGGAGUAUGUGCCGUUAACUUCAAUAAGAUGAAUGCUCUCCGAGAGUUUCUCCAAGAGGUCUUCCCGAAAUGUGAUCUAUCAGAAAAUGGACGUGACUGGAAGUUUUGUUUACACUCUAUGAAUUGCUACAUCGGUCGUUGUAAAGGUGUACAUGGGAAUUUGAUAUGCGAAUCACUGCCACCUGAAGUAAUAACUACUACAGUAAAGUCAGAGUCAAGUGAUACUGACUAUAGUGAUUAA